UCGCAAUGCAUUGUGGUACUCCGAGAUAUUGAGCAGCCAAAAAGAGUGUCCAUGUUUUGAAAUCGAACUAUACAAACUAUUGCUAUGUCGAAACGAAAGAAGACGACUGCUCUGAUUGAUUCAGACAGUGACGAUAGUGAAAGUGGCUCUAACCUUGACGAAGAUUUCAAGACUCUGGCCAAGAGAAAUCGUCCAAAUACCGAAACCAAGUCAGCAUCCAAGCCAAAAACAGAUUCAGAAUCAGAGACCUCAGAAAGCGAUGAUGAUUGGAAUUUUGGGAAAAAGGGAAGCAAGAAAAAGAAACCAAAGUCUUCCUCCAAAAAAGCCAAGCGAAAGGCAGCUGUGUCAUCUGAUGAAAGUGGAGCAGAGAGUGAUAAGCAUGUGUCUGAGCCAGAGGAAGGUGAAGUGUCUUCAAGUGAGGAUGGCGGAUCGUCAGGCUCAGAAGAAGAGUUUCAUGAUGGCUACGACGAAAACCUGAUUGGGGAUGCCGAAGACAAAAAGCGCUUAGAACAGAUGACAGAAAAAGAAAGGGAACAAGAGUUGUUCAACAGAAUUGAAAGACGCCAGGCUCUUAAAAUGAGGUUUGAAAUAGAAAAGAAGCUAAAGCAACAAAAGAAAAAAGAACAAAAAAAGAAAGAGAAAGGUAUGGUACCAACUGCACAAGAACUUAAAGAUCUGAAAUCAGCAAGUCAAAGAAGCAUGGAAAGGAGAAAGAAUAUGGAGGAGAAGAAGGAUAAUAAGAAAUUCUCUGCUCUAACAGACCUGAUGAAGAAACGAGAGGAAAAAAAGAAAAUUGCUGAAGAACAAAUCAAGAAACAGGAAGAAAAGCAAGAGCAGAAAAAGAAGCUGCUGAAAACCAGUGACAUAUACUCUGAUGACGAUGAUGAUGAAGAGGAGGAUCCAAAGUCUGAACCAGAAAAGGAGCGGGAGGAAGACUCGGGAUCCGAAUCAGAAAGCAGCAGUACUUCAAGGUCAUCGGCCCGCUCCGACUCAGAGGGCGAGGAGUCAUAUGAAUCCCGGAAACCAAAAUUCAUAACCUGUAAAGAAGAUUUGUCCAAGAUACGAUUAUCACGACACAAGUUAGAAAAAUGGUGUCACAUGCCAUUUUUCAAGAAGACUGUCUGUGGUUGUUACGUCCGGAUUGGAAUUGGAAAUCACGAGGGUCGAGCUGUGUAUAGAAUAGCAGAAAUCAUCGAUACAGUAGAAACUGCAAAAAUAUAUCAGCUUGGCACAACAAGAACCAAUAAGGGACUUAAACUCAAGCAUGGUCAUUCAGAACGUGUUUAUCGACUGGAAUUUGUUUCUAAUCAAGAUUUCACAGACUCAGAGUUUUUUAAGUGGCGAGAAGCAAUGACUCUUGGGGAUUUAUCCCUCCCCACAGUGCAGGACAUAGAUAAGAAGGCCAGGUCUAUUCAAGAUGCACUGAAUUACAAAUUCAAAGAAAAUGAUAUCGAAGAGAUUGUUGCAGAAAAGCAGAAGUUCAAAAAGAAUCCUCAUAAUUACGCCAUAAAGAAAACAUUCUUACUCAAACAGAAAGAAGUGGCUGAUUUAGAGGGGGAUACAGCAGCUCAGUAUAAAAUCUCCCAGGAAUUGGAAGAGCUGGAAGAGCGGGCCAAUGAAUUAGACAGGAGGAGAACCAACAACAUAUCAUCCAUCAGCUAUAUUAACCAAAGAAAUCGACUGAGGAACCAAAUUCUAGCAGAAGAGGCUUCAAAGAAAGAGUUUUUGGAGAUGAAGAAUGCAGUGGCUGACCCCUUCACCAGACGCUCCUGCCGUCCCACCCUUGUCACCAAGGCCAGGGAUCCAGAAAUGGAAGCCAAAGUUCAAGAAAGGUUGGCAGAGAAACGCAAACUGGAUGAGGCCACUCGCAGGAAAUCCUUGGAGGAAAUGGGAAAUUUAGACCAGAAGAUGGAAAGUGAUCAAAACCUGUAUCCAAACCUUUUAUCCAGCACCUCCCUGGAUAAAUCGGAUAAGGGUGACAAGCGACGCUCCUCAGAAGACUUGUUCGCCGUUCAUGAUUUUAAUAUAGAAAUUGAUCUGGAGAUGCCGGCCAGCAAUCCGGCGAUGGCAGCCAGUAGCAGGGGUCUCCAACCAAUCAAAGAGGCCGCUCCUAAGCGAUCCCUAAACCUGGCCGAGUACAAGAAGAUGAAAGGACUUAUCUAGGACAUUGACGGGUUGAGUGAGAGUUAUGAGAGAGAGAGAGAGAGAGAGAGAGAGAGAGAGAGAGAGAGAGAGAGAGAGAGAGAGAGAGAGAGAGUUGAGUUGAAUUGUGUGGGUGUGUGUAAGAGGUAAAGUUGUGUUGGAUGUUGUGUUUCAGUUCAGCUUCAUGAUCUUUUCUUUUGUUCUUUGUAGAACAGGUUGUUGUUUAUUGAAUAUCAUCAGUGAAAUCGACACUGGAGACUUUUGUUACAAAGUAUUUACAUUGAUGUUAAAUUUUGCAAGAGUAUUUCAUUUAAAAGUGAAUUUCAAAUCUAUUUGUAAUAAGAAUGUAGUUUAAUUUGUAGUUGUUUUUCAUCACUAUUUUCCCCAAGUGUGCAUAGAAUGGUGAAAGCAGUAAUAUGUGAAUUUGUAAGUUUAGAACAAUAUUUUUUCUACACAAUCCUUUAUAUCUUUGUGUGGUUUGCUUUGAGAUACAUGUACAUGUAUAUGUGUUAAGAGUGUACAGUUUUUCAAUAAAACAUUUGUUUGAGUGAUAUACAGUUUAACACCACUGAUAUAAAACAAUACUGUAUAAAAUGACAUGUAUUUUGUGUGUGUUAUAUAGAGAAACAAGGUGACACAUUGCCAUCACUCUAUCAUGUUUGUCAUUCCUUACCUUUUUUAUAUAACAGGAUACCUUGAUGCAUCUUGGAACACUUCGAAUUUUCUUUUUUACAGAUCCAUAAAAUGCUUGUAACAAAUGUUCUUUGCAUGAAGAAAGGGAAUUAAUUUGUGUCUCGGUGAUGACUUAAAGUAAAUUCUUUAUAUAGGUGUUUUCCAGUCUAAAAAAUAUAUUUUGUGUACAAUAGAUAUACUUCUGUACAUGUAAAUUACAUGUCACCUGACCAUUUUAAAUCAAUGUAAUUGUUGGUACAGUAAAAAUAGACUUGGAAAUCAAUGACCAGAUUCUGUUUUCCUACAAGACCUUUGUCCAGUGGUAUGAAAAGAUCAUGGCAUAUUGAUGUAUGUAAUGUAGUGAAUUUUUGUUGAAUAAAUUUUUUUUAUACAAAUGAA